AUGUCUAUCAAGUUAGGGGAGCUAUCAGAUCUCAUCAACGCGCGCUAUGUGGUCCAUCUAUCCGAUGGCAAGCGUCUAGUGCUGUUCCGCCUACCAUCGAUCGAAUCAUCCCUCCAGAAGCCCCACGAAUCUCUAGAUGGCUGGUCAUACUACGCCAUGGAGGCAGAAUGCCCACACGCAGGAGGCCCAAUGGAAGAGUCAAGCGUGGAUAUAGAAGAUUCGGCAUAUAUUGUGUCAUGUCCUUGGCAUGCGUACGAUUUCAAUGUGGAGACUGGUGAAUCUAGCAUGGGUAUGAAAACAUGCACUUACCCUAUUCGUAUCCAAGACCAAGCCGUGUUUUUAAACUACACCCAAGAAGACCGUGGCGUGGAGGUCGUCAGGCUUGAGGCUGUUUCCGAGAACGUCAAGCUGAAGCACCAUCAAGAUUCGGAACAUUUUACAACAACGCACACUAGCAAGAUUGCUUCACGUUCUUUGGACGAAAAUUCCUCAUUUUGUGACUGGGCCGUGGAGAUCCUUAACAGUGCGGAUCCAGAGCGCAAGAUCGAGCUCACUCACCGGCUGUACACCGUAUUCAACGACAAAGAGACCUCGCCAUCACCCAUGGCAUUAGGAAAGGGGACGGUAGUACCCCCUGAUCAGCCUCCUCGCCAAGGCUUAGUAGAAGUCAUGCCAUGGCAAUCCCAGUAUCAUGGACGUGGAGGUUCGGUAAAGAGCAGAAUCGCGAUGCUACACGCUCUAGCAAACAUUGAAUUAUGGGCGAUCGACCUUGCUAUUGAUAUUUGCGUUCGGUUUGCAUCUUUUCACACAGAACAAAACGAACAUGAGCUACCACGAGCUUUCUUUCAAGACUGGUUGAAAGUGGCAAACGACGAGGCGAAGCACUUUUCACUGCUCCGCACAAGAAUUGAAGAGCUAGGCUCACAUUUCGGUGCUUUAUCGGUACAUCAUGGUUUAUGGGAAUCAGCAACUCGGACAGCCCAUGAUAUUAGAGCACGAAUUAGCAUCAUCGCAUUAGUUCAUGAAGCUCGUGGCCUGGACAUCAACCCGAUGACCAUCGAAAAGUUUCGCAAAUCUGGAGAUCUCGACAGUGUCAAGGCUCUGGAGAUCAUCCACCAUGACGAGAUUACCCAUGUCACCACUGGUCACAGAUGGCUGACUUGGAUUUGUGACCAGGAAGGAACGGAUCCUAUUCAAGUUUUCCGCAGCAACGUUCAAAAGUACUUCCGAGGUUCUAUUCGUGGGCCUUUCAAUAAGGAAGCACGACUGCAGGCCGGAAUGGAUCAACGAUGGUACGGCGGUGACAAUGCUGUGAAAUCUUAA